GUGCGUGUCGCAGGGGCCCCUUGGCGGAGGCCCCAUGCGCGUCGACGGAGCCCUGGCCGUGAGCAGGGCGCUGGGCGACUUUCACUUCAAGCCCAGCGGCAUGGACCCGGCAAAGUGCAAGGUGUCUGUUGUGCCAGAAGUGCAGACAGUCGAAGGGUGUACCUCCGGCGACUGGGUGCUUCUGGCGUGUGACGGCAUCUUCGACGUCAUGGAGAACGAAGAGGUCAAAGACUUCGUGGAAAGCCACAGCAGCCGAUCCGCCAGAAAGGGUGACGGUGCCCAGGUGUGCAUUGAUAUGCUUAAGCUCUGCCUGGACAAGGGAAGCAAGGACAACUGCACCAUUUGCCUCGUUCAGUUCGGCGAGAACUUCCCAGUCAGGACGAAGACCGCGGAGCUCCUUCCGGGUCCUUGGAAAGCCGCCAGCCCCGAGGUGCAGAACAAAUACGCCGAGUUCUUCCGCGGCCACGGUUUUGAGGCCGAGGCGAACGAGAUGACCUCGUCGGGGCGACGGCUUUCAGGAAGCUCUGGAGGGAAGACCAAGCAGGCCCCGGCGAGCCCGGCACAGCCGGCCCCCCGAAACGCGCCGCCGACCCCGCCCACUGGGGGAGCUCAGAGGAAUGGCCAUCUGAACUCCUUCGCCCGGGUGAUCCAGGCGGUCCGUUCGACCCGGGCGAUCCAAUCAGCCUGGCGAGCCCGGAAGACUUCGAAUUCCUCGGCAUCUGCCUCCGCGGCCCCGGGCGCGACGGAGUAG